CGCCACUCUUUCCAUUCGGGGCAGAACUUGAAAGACGUUUGCUCCUUGUGAAUUCCGAAUUACUGUACUCCAUAAAAAAGAACAGACACAUUCGCUCCAUUGGAGAAAGGAAAUUCACGAUACCCGUACGGCCCGCACGUACACCAGCCGCCGCCGCCGCCUCCCAUCCCCGCCCAAUCCUCCCUCCGCCUUGCCCCGCCUCGACGCCGCCGAUACCUCAGCGCGGGUGCCCAGCCUCCGUUGCGUUUGAGCCCGCCGGAGUCGCCAUAGAAGCGGAUGCGGCCGGCGCCUCCGCGGCCCCGUCCAGUCCCCUGGAAGUGAGCUUGUUGCUAAACCCUCCUUUCUGAUUUGUCGUGAAUAGUAGAGCAUGAAUAAUUGAAGAACUUGUUAGCGAAUUUGAUAUUUCUAAAAACAACUGGGACAUUGAUUUCAUCAAUUAGCUUCUGUUCCACUGCAUACUGUUUUGUUUACAGCUUUUGCCAAAAAAGUCACUUUCUAAUAUCGCUGAAAAGGUUUCAGUUUCGAUUGGUUCGUGCCGUUCUCUGAACCUUUUUAUGCUCCAUUUUCUCGAGGUAAGACAAGUUAAAAUAGAUGAAAUACUUUGGCUGGAUCUUGGGCUUUUUCCUGGAAUUGCAUGAGCUACUUUUAAAAUAUAUUUGGGACUUACGAGACGUGCAAAAAGGGGAGAUAGAAUUUUUUUGUUCACAGCGUGUCAUUGACGAUUCUGAUGUGAAUGUGAUGCAGGGCCGUAGUAACCCAACUAAUUAUUGAUAAUUAUCUCUUGCUUCUCUUUAUACUGCUGCUGAUGCGAAACCUGGGGAUAAAAAGGCAUCAGAGAAAUCAAAAGAGGAGAAUACAAAUAUCUUUCCUGCUGAAUUGAUCGAGCAAAACAAUUUGGCUGUUGCUUCAGUGUGCGAAGAGUUGGCGUCUGAAAAUUAAAUCAAGAUCGACAUCAUUGUUUCUAUUGACUUGAAAUUGCACUCCUACAAAUUUCUGAACUAUUUAAAUCAAUCUUAGGCUCACACAACCUCAAUGGCCCAAUUUAAUUAUUGUCCUCUCACCUGAGGCCAAUGCUUAUUGACCCAUGGAUGAAGAAACGGAAUGCCGUGCUGUCAGAAAAUGCUGAAAAGAGGGGGAAAUGUGCUUGAUAAUCUGCAAAAGCAGCUAGAUGAGGCUGUCCUGGAUACGUAACUGUAUAAAAAAAGCUCUCGAUGUGUUUGAGGAUGAUCCUGCUACCUCUUUAAGCUGUUCUAGCCAUCAUCUUCACAAGAUUGCUUGUUACUCAACAAGUUAGCAGCAUUUAUGUCAUGUGGGGGCGUACCUACCAGCGUAGCGCUCGCCCUGCUGCAGAUCCUCAGCCCUAGUUUGUGUUUAGUUCAAUUGCUUGCUUAAGUUAAGAAAUAGGAUCUAAGUCGGAAAGGUUUUGUCCGUAGAAGGUUACCCUGCCGACAGAGUUCUUUUCUUCUUUCGCAAGUUGUAAUUGGCUAUUUAUAGCCCACCCUAGUCAAUCAAUGAAGCAAGCAGAAUAAUUAGUCUAAUCUCUCGUCCCCUUCCUCUGCGCCCUGCGCCUCUCUCUCACCCCGAUCUCCAGCCAUAGGGCGGCGUGGCUACCAACCUCGCCCUCUAACCUACCAUGACUACAACCUCCGUUCCAAUCCACGGCUUCCUGGUUCCCAAGCACGUGACAACUUGGUAUCAUAUUCAUCUUCGAUCCCCACUGCCGCCAUGAGUCAACCUCCGCCCCCUCAAACCCUAGCCGAGCUCAUCAUCAAACAGCAGACAUAUCAUGAUGGUGUGGUGGAGGCCCUCAACAACUUCGCCUCCGACUGGCAACUUGAUGCAGACCAGCGCCAGGCGGACGCCGCCAAGCUCGACGCCUCGAUCAAGCAACUCACCGAGGUCCUGCAGUCCGUUCAGAAACAGGCCGCUGAAACUGCACAACAGCAGCGCGCGCAACACAUGGCCAUCCAACGCCUCGAGCAGGGCGGCUCGGCGCCGCGGCUGGGAGGCCCAGGCAUCAUGCCCACGCCCGGCGACAGGUCCCAGGCGCUGGAUCUGACCCACAACUCUGAGAGCAGCGACCGACCCCCACGCCUUUACAAAAUCGAUUUUCCCACGUUCGAUGGGGAAAGCGAUCCGCGUCCAUGGCUGACGCGAUGCAACUUGUUCUUCCUCGGUCAGUGCACGCAGGAGUCCGAUAAGACAUGGCUGGCCUCCUACCAUCUCACCGGCGUCGCCGCAUUGUGGUACGGCCACCUCGAGACCAAGAUCGGUCGCCCAUCCUGGGAGACGUUCCGGCAACUCCUCUCCAACCACUUCAGGCCUCCCACACGUGCUAAUCCGUUCGGCGAACUGAUCUCCCUCCGCCGAUCAGGCACGGGGGCAGACUACACCAAGCGCUUCCUCGAGCACCUUUCUCAGAUUCCCCCGAUACCUGACUCCGAGGAAUGGGACAUCUUCACCAACAACCUGGGCGGCCCCAUGAAGACUCAGGUCGAGAUUAUGAAACCAGCCACCUUGGAAGUGGCCAUGGACCUGGCUGUCUCCUUCGAGCACCUCCACAACGUGUUGGCGGCUACGGCAGGCUUCGCGUCCCGACCGGCUUGUCAGCUCCGCGCCCCUGCAACACUGGUCCCCACCACUGCUGACCCCUCCAGCGUCACUCCAGCACAUGUGUUAAAAAAACUAACAGCCGCGGAGAUGGACGACCGGGGCGCGAAGGGGCUCUGCUUUAAUUGCGACGAGAAGUUCGUCCGCGGCCAUCGCUGCAAACGACUCUUCUACAUCCAGUCCACGGACGACGACUUUGCGGAUUGCGACGACGACAUUCAAAUCUCCCUCCUCGCAGUCACGGGCGUCCACACUAGUGACACCAUGCAGGUCCCCGUCCGCAUUGGUGAUCGCAAGCUCGUCGCGAUGAUCGACUCGGGAAGCACCCACAACUUCAUCAAUGAGGACAUCGCUGCCACCGUGGGCGCCAAUUUCUCGUCAGGCCGUCACCUUCGUGUCAUGGUCACCAACGGCGACCACGUCACCUGCUGCAGCCUCCUACGGCACGCUGCCAUCGUCAUCGACAAAGAGCACUUCGUCGCUGACCUCCACGCCAUCCCAUUGGGUGGCUUUGACGUCGUACUGGGCACACGUUUCCUCAAGACACUCGGGCCAAUCCUUUGGGAUUUCUCCCGUCUCUGGAUGUCUUUUUGGCAUGCUGACCACCGUGUCGAGUGGUACGGACUGGCUGCUCCGGGACGCCCAACUCACAUCCACGUGUGCGCCGGUCGUGAGCUCCUCGACAGCCUCCUCGCUGACUACACCGAGAUCUUUGGUGACACCACGGGCCUGCCGCCGCCGCGAGUCCAAGACCACCACAUCCGAUUCGAGGCCGGUUCCCUGCCAGUGGCUAUCCGGCCGUAUCGCUAUCCAGCACUCCAAAAGGACGAGCUCUAGAGGCAAUGCGCCGAGAUGCUGGAACGCGGUCUCAUU